AGAUCAAUUGGCAAACGGCGACGGCGGCGGCGACCUGGUGGCCGGUUGGCACCUUGUCGAUUUCCUUCCUCCCUACCUUCCUUCUCCCUCUAUCUUCUCCAUCUUCCACCACUUGUAUCCCCUUAGUUCAUCCUCCUUCCACCUCUAUUUAUUGGAGUAUGGUUGCUAUUGUAUUGGAUGCUUGCAUAUUUGAGUGGAAUUGAGAUCAGAGGUUGGGGUUCCUAACAAAUUGGUAUCAGAGCUACUCGGUUCGUGGGAUUUCUUGUCAUUGAGGUCUUGGGAAGGCAGCAGUGCAAGGUGGAAGAAGAAUUGGGCAAGGGAGGUGUUCAAGAAUCUAGCGCACACAACCUGUUCGACAGACUGACAAGCCAACAUAAGGUGUUCAAGGAUGAUGAAAGGAUAGCAGAGCCUGUUCCCAUCAAGUCCACCAUGAACAAGGAGGGAAUAUCCAUGGACGAAGCUUUAGAUCGGAUUCUUGAGAGGUUUGAGUUGAUGGAGGCCAACCGUAGACAAGAGGAGAAGUUCAAUCAAAUACUACAAAAGCUGGAGGAGGUAGAGGCUCGUAGGAGCAAGGCUGCCGAGGAGACAAUUGCAUCCAUCAGGGCAACCACCGCUGUCCUCAAGGCUACAUCACCUAUAGCACCCAUGGCACCACCUACUCCAGCGUGUACCAAGUGUUUGACAGAAUGCCCCAACAACAACCUCACUUGGGCGACGGUGAGCUCAAGUCACAUUAGUGAGGAUACUGCUCCAACAGUUGCCUGGGAGCUAGGAGACAACAAGGACAAGGGCCACGCCCCCUGCGUCGUCACAAAGGACUCACUCGAGGUCACGCCCACCAUGUGUUCGACGAAAUGCUCCGGUCCUACCGUUGAGCCUGAUCUCACUGUGGCUGUAGUGGUUACGUCCGCCACCACUGCCGCGGCCUCUAUGGAGUUGGUAGCUACUGGGAACACAAUCGGUGCCACUUACAUCAACAAUCUUGACCACCCCAAGGUGACGCACGCCAAGUGUUUGAUGUUGGACCUUGGCUCCAAUAGUGGCGACAACCAAACCAUGGUCACGUUCCAGACCUUAGUGGACAUGACUAAAGGCGUUUUUGCACCUGAUGCAACAAUUGAAGUCAGCUCACCAAGGAAGAUCGCUGAAAUGGACUUGGUCAUAGUGAUGCCUACAGGGUGUUCAAUGCUAUUCUUUGACAAAGGUGCCAGUGAGUUGCUGCCUGUAAGGAGACAUGUUAUGUGGCAAUUGUUAUUGGAGCAGUGCAAGUGAAACCCUUGGUCGCCUCCUAACUCAGUUUAUCAAGUUAAUGGAAUAUGGGAGUUGUGGCAUGUGCCCUGGAUAGACUUCAACUAUUUUAGAACAAGAUUAUGUUUGAUGCCACCUUAGCCACCAUCGACUCAAAUUGGAACCAUAAUGCUUUGGCUGGUGGCAAACUCAUGGUUGAGAAUAGUAGAGCUGAAACCGUGGCCUGACCCACAAUCAAGUCAAUGUAGCAUAGGCGGGAGGUGGACUGAACUGAAAGUUCCAUGGUCAGCACUUGAUUGUGAAUGUUCUAUGGGAGAUGAUCUUUGCAGUGCAAAUUGCAUAAGAAACGAAGCACUUUCUGUUACAUUAUCUUGUGCACCUAAAGGAGAUUUAAAUCAUAAAAAAAUUGAUGGAUCUCAGAAGGAUACCUUGGUGGCAUUACUUAUUGUAAUGACCCUAAAAUUUUAAUUUGCUUCGCCGCGCUGUUGGCAACCUAGUUGAGCUCACUGUGUUGAGCUGAACGACUAGUUGUGUCACACGAUUGGCUUGGAUUUUUUUUUUUGCGUUAGAGGAUCGAUUCAUAUGCAUAUAUCACAGUUGAAACACAAAUUAGACACAUAAGUAAAUUCUUUAUUUCUUCACAUAUACAUUAUACAGUGUUGUUGCAUACAUCAAAUGCAUCUCAUACAUUAUUCGUCUAAAAUAGAAAUAGUGAAAAUUAAAUAAAAAUGUUGGUGUGAUCUGUGACCACACCUAAUUGCUUUAGGAGAUUUCA